AUGGCGGAAGGGCCGCCAGUUCCAAAACAAAGUGAAAGAACAGAAGAAAUUUCACAGCCAACUUAUGAUCACCCAGUUUAUAGAGAAAUUUCAUUUACGUAUGGACAAAUUAACAAGAUGAAGAAAGAGGAAGUCAAACGUUGCCUUGUUGAAAGGGGUUUGGACUCAAGGUAAGUUUUGUGUAAUUUUGGCGCUUAAAUGCAAUUUGCAUUGACAUACGCUUUUAAUAUUGGAUGGAUUUUUACCACAAUAAUUGCCAUUAUUUUUGCUUAAGGUUUUGUUGUAACUGACAAGGAAAAGCUAGACUAUCGUUAAGUAAUCUAUCUUGCAUGCGGUAAUUCGAAUUUCUACCUUAGGAAUAAAAAGGACAUUUAUGGGACUUUUUCUUUGAAUAUAUCACUUCCUUUCUGGAACUUUAGUCUUCUUUCAGUACAAAUUUUGCGUAAGAUUACGUUCACUUGUUGUUAACGUUCACUUCAGAGUCGAAGAUCGAAUGAGAACAAGUCAGUUCUGUCCUUUAGUAGAGUAUAACAGGGCGUAUCUAAUCGAUAUUUUCGACACUCGAUAGAAAUCGAACGUAAUCGAUACUAAUCAAUCGAUUACUAUCGGAAAUCGAUUGAAAUCGAUCACUUGCGUCUUUGUGAUUAUCAAUUUUGAUCAAUUUCUGUAAUUAGCUAUGGAUUUGUUCGACAAUGAUCGAAACGAAAAUGGACGAAGAUUCUCUUUGGCUGUGUAUAAAAGUGGGACGGGGACAAGGGGACGGGGACAUCGGGACGCGUGUGUGGGGACUUGGGACGUGGGGACGCGAGACGAGGGACUUGAGGACAUCAACUUUGGGACGCGGGGACGUGUGGGACGGGGACGCGGGGACGUCAAAUACAGGGACGCAGGGGAGGCGGGAUGUGAAUGAUUAUUGCAAAAGUCGCAGGUAAAUGCGAUAUCAGUCACUUUCCUCGUGAAUAUGUUUUGUUGAAAGGAAACCCACCCUGCCCUCCUUAGGGUUCCUCCAUGCCCGUUUACGAAGAGAAGACUCGGCGAAGACCCCCUGCAUUGAAGAAAGUGAAACCGUUGUCCUAGUCUUCUUGCUGAUGGAAUAUUGGAGCCAGUAGGGUAGGGUGGGUUGCGGUCGCCAAAAAUUAUGUAGAAUAACAGCAUUCGAUUCCAAAUAAAUAAAAAUUAAGUGGCAUUAACGAGCUUCGAAUCCCGAAGUUGUAACUCCGAAAUCCAUCGCCUGUACCACUAAACCACGAGGGAUUCAACUAUUGCAGCAAUAUUUAUUUUGUUCUACAUUUUUAGUGGCAAACCUAACAGUAAAUGCUUGCUAACAGUACUUAAAGGUUGAUUUCCACCGACGCGUUUUUGGCUAUGCACGUUAACGCAAGUAAAUUUUAAUCACGUAAAUAAGAUAGGCAAGAUAUAAAUUGUCGAGAUUAAACGUGAAGUUGAGCGAGAUUCUACUUUUUUAUUUUUUUUUUUAUUUUUUUAUUUUAUUUUAUUUUAUAAUCACACUUGGCAUUCACUUACAAUACAGCUACACGGUACUUACUUAUAACAAGACUACAAAAUUUACUUACGUUACAGCUUUACUUACUUGUUUGCUACUUACUUACAUUAAAAUACCUAAAACUAGUUUACAACAAACAAAAGGACUACUAAAGACAAUAAAUAAAUGAAAAGAAAAGAAAAGAAAAGAGAAGAGAAGAGAAGAGGAGAAAGAAAGAAAAAAGGCGACUCCUCUGCCUAAAACGGUUUUUAGCAAUAACUACUUGAGAUAACAUUGACAACAAUUGCUAAUAUUAAUAAGAAAUCAUCAAUAUGCAUAAUUAGAUGAUUAACAAGAUGAUUAAUAAACAGUGCGGAAAGAUAUGUGAAAUAGAUACUUUAAUUAAGAAAUAUUGGCGGUAUGUCUAGCUCUCAAUUGCACUUUGGCCUUGGUUCAUUUACAGAAAAUGGAUAAAUAGGAAAGCUUUUAUUUUACCAAAAGCUAUGUAAUGUUGAGAAGUGGACGUAAAGGAUUCCAUUACUUUUACGCUUACGUGCGGCCUGUCAGACAUUGCCUCUAUUUUAUGUGCGAACGUAAAUUUUACGCACGUAGGCAUAGAAAAAUUACGCGACAGUGGAAAUCAACCCUAAACCUGAUCACGAUAGUCAGUGGGCUUUUCAUACUUCUAUUAUAAAGAAAUAUUUUGUGUAAACAUCAUAAGGUGUCCAAUGUGGUUUUGGAAGAUGGAAUCUAAUGUUGACCAUAAAUAACACAUUUUCACGAAGAAAGAGAUAUCGCAUUUACCUCCGACUUUUGCAAUAAUCAUUAACAUCCCGGGUUCCCUGCGUCCUAGUUUUUGACGUCGCCGCGUCCCAUACUUGACGUCCCCAAGUCCCUCGUCACGCGUCCCCCAAGUCCCAAGUCCCCACACACGCGUCCCGAUGUCCCCGUCCCCUUGUCCCCGUCCCACUUUUAUACACAGCCCCCUGCGUCCUAGUUUUUGACGUCGCCGCGUCCCAUACUUGACGUCCCCAAGUCCCUCGUCACGCGUCCCCCAAGUCCCAAGUCCCCACACACGCGUCCCGAUGUCCCCGUCCCCUUGUCCCCGUCCCACUUUUAUACACAGCCAUUCUCUUUCGUAAAGUUCUCAGUUUUACGCUAGAAUGAGUCACAACUCAUUCAAACUAAUGCACAGUAGUCCAGCGUGAACUGAUAAACAUUCCCUUUACACUUUAUUUAAAUUUCAAUAAAUUUUGAAACUAAAAAGGAUUAAAACAUAAACAACGCAACUGUAAUAUGAAACUAUCGUUUCCACCUUCACAAUUAAAGUCAUGCUUGUUGUUACGAUAUCACAAGUCCUCUUCUCGUUCUGUUUCAUAUUUCAACAUUAACAUUCUCCAAACUAUAAACAAGGCAACCGUAACGCAAUUGUUAUCUCUGCCUUCACAAAGUAACGCUUGCUGCAAUAUAUAAGUUACAUUAUAUAGGUUUUUAUUGUAUUUAAAUUUAUUCAAUAUCAGUGUUUCGACUGUUAGUAUCAUCAUUCUAUUUUAUUUUAUUAUGACAUGUAAGCGCAUUGAGAUUCUUAAAUGCUCUCAUAAAACCUUACUAUUAUUAUUAUUAUUAUUAUUAUUAUUAUUAUUAUUAUAUAUCAUUCAUGAGUCCUAUUCUGGUCCUGUUUCAAAUUUCAACUUUAAAAACCUCCAAACUAUGUCAAACAAAGCUAUCUACACAGCAUUUUAAACUUGGCAAGGCGGAUUUACAAUGUCCAGGCCAGAGAGCAUUUCUGAAUUUACUUUGGCGAAUAACCAGCAGGAUAAUAACUCCAUCAAACGACGAAAGAACUCAGUAACAAAGCAUCUGACCAAACCUAGAUACAAACUACUUCUUGAUAGAAAAGCACUUCCAAGUAUAAGGCGAUGAGCUCAAAAAGAAAGAGCAACUGCAAUAAAAGAUGUAGAAGAUGUUCUUUUCUCUCGUCAUAAUAAAUCAACAGGAACAAAGAGGCCUUAAAUGUGCAGCCGUUAUGCCAGUGUGAUUGGUCAUCCGUAUGGUCAUUGUUACGAUACAAUGCAAAAUGCCAGGGUGCAUCUUGUUGACAAUGACUUUCUUGCAACCUUUUCCGGGCUUGGCGAACUUUGGCAAUAAGGUCACGUUUCUUUUCACUCGCUUUAUAAGUAACGUUAAGGUCGCCAGACAAAUAUCGAGUACUAUCGAGUAUUAUCGAUUAAUCGAUUACAUUUUCAAUGAUCGAUUUCUAUCGAUUUGAUACGCCCUGAGUAUAUUUAUGGCUGGUUCUGCAAACGGCCAAGAAAAAGUUUAUACUGCAUUCUGAUUGCCUACUCUGGCAGGCAAGAUGAGACUACCUUGCUCGCUCGGGAUUUUCAAGGAAGGCAAGAUCAAGACGGCUGGAUAUUGGCCUCAGUACUUGUUUCCAUUAUUAUUGACCACAACUUUGUGUCAGGCCAUAAAAAUGUGAGAAAAAGAACUUGGCUAGUAUUCAGCCAUCUUGACCUCACGCUUGGUCAAUAAGGCAUAUAUGUCCUAGUGCAGGCAUGUUAGUGCAAGGCUGAUUAAAGACUGGCAGGUCCUACUCCAGCAGCUGUCAAAGGGAAAUGUCUAAUCAGGGGUGGGUACAGCUUGAACAAGGUUUUCCCAACUUAGAUUCUUUCCCUCCAGAGAAUAGCAGGAAAGGUAGCUUCAAGGGAGUUGGUGGCUUGGUGGAUGGUAAGAAUUGCCAAGUAUUGGACUGCUAAGGCUACCGACAGAAAUGCUUUGUGCCUUUCCAUCCAAGCUGCCAUCACUAGGUUGAUUCUAGGCAGGGGCCAUCUCUAUAAAGCCAUAAAUCUGAAGGUCUUCCCAACAGAUUUUAAAUAUUUAGUCCUCAAUCUGAUGUUUCCUGUUGUAGCAGUGUUGUUUCAUUUUUGUGUAGUCCAUUUUUUGCUCUGUUUUAACAAAUAGGGGAGUGAAGGAAGUUCUGCAGAAACGACUAAAAAACCACAUCAAGAAAGAGAAACUGGUACAGGCUAAACUAGCGCAGGAAAAAAGAAUGACUGAAGUUCACUUUUACUGUGUUAUUGACUUUCAAGGAACAUGUGAGGAAGAAAAUCCCAAAGACUACAUUCAUGAGAUUAUUGAGUUCCCUGCUGUCCUUGUGGAUGCGACUACACUUGAAGUGGUAGGUGAAAUUGGUAGGGGCGCCGAACAACCGUUUCCUGUAAAACAUCUGUUCAGUGAUGCAAAUUUCGCCUAUAAUUUUCUAUAGCUUGAGGGCGGUUAAAAAUUUCUAGAUGACUGUUCCAUUCAUGUCCUGUUUUCAGAGCUUAUCUGACUUAUAUAUUCCAUAUGAUUUUCUGAAGUUUAAUUUUUCAUAACCUAAGAUCAGGCUCAAUUUUCGUUUCUCUUUGUAAUAACAUUCCGGCGGGCAAGACGAAACGAAAACAGAGCCUGAUACAAACCUUCUACGAAACGUCUGCGGCUCACUUUUUUGAUUGAUUGACAUUUGCCGAAUCAGCCAACCAAAAUUACUUCCCUUGCUUGUUUUUCUAGUAUGCAAAUUUUUCAUGCGUGGGAAAAAUGCAGACUAGCUGACUUAACAAAUAACUUUUAUCCCUGCUUUUAUCUGUUAAUUUCUUCAGCUAAAAGUAAAACAGUCAGCACGAUCACAUUUAACUUCUUGUGAGAUUGAAAGAGAUCUCGAAGGUUAUUUCUGUUGGGGUAGAAGGUAAAAAGUUUGCGAAAAGACAGCGACACGCAUUAUUUUGGCUAGGCAGGCUAGAAUUUAAAAUACAGUACUGAAAUUUGUAUUUUUCUGUCGCCUUAAUAUUUUCCUCCGCAAUUUUCCCCGAUUUCCAGUACAUAAAUCUUUAAAAAUCUUGAAGAAAUAUAUCGCGAACGUUUUCAAAGAAUAUAUAAAUUAUUUCAGAACAAACCAAACGAGUUCUCAAGUGUAUUAACACAGCUGAUUUAGUUCUGUGCGUACACUUGCAAUAAUAUUUGCGAAUUUACUUGAGAAGCAAACCUCUAAAAAAUAUAUAUUUUUUAAAAAAAUCCAGGUAAAUAUUAUCUGCCACUAACUGCAUGCUCAACUGACCUAUAAACAAAACGAAAAACAAUAUUACAAACACACUUUGUAGUUCUCCUUAGCUGUGUUGUUGUGUUACUGCUGGUCUAAAAAGCUCGCUAAAUUUAUGAUUCUGAAAUAAACAAACAGCAAACAGCCAACGAGCGAGGACACCAGUUUUGCUGGUUUAUUUCUAACAAAAAGCGAAGGCAAGCAAGUCUGUUACCUUCAGACUUGCGAUAUUUUUCGUCUAAUACUUCACAGUUGGCGAUUGAGGUUUCUUUCGCAGUGAGCCUCCGCUUGCGUACCCCGUUCAGAGAAGUCAUUCCCGGCCAAACUUUCAAAUGAAACCAGUUUUAAGAUGGACAGUAUUUUGAUUUUCACUCGUUUGUUGGUAAAUCAAAAGGCACCUUGUUAGCGGUCAACAACUUGCAGAGGGAUUCAACUCUGCGAUACACUCACAUUAGUUCCGUAGGGCCAUCCCAAUAAAAUGUUUCGUUUCCCAUCGCCCUCCCUCUCGUGAAGGUGGGUCGGUCGGUCGGGCAAAGGAAAAAAAAAACGAGAAUGAACACAUGAUUGCAUAUUAAAUCUCACGUUUAGUCUGCAAGAUAUAAUUAGAUGGUAAAAGAUGUAUAUUAACAGGACUAUCAAAUGUCUAAAAAGGCUACAAAAACGAAGUAUCGAUGAUAAUUUAAGACAACUGGUGUUAAUAAGACAAGAUCGUGUGCUUGUAAAUUAAAGUACUCAGGCUUCUUUACAAGUGACUCUGGAUAUUUUUUUUUUUUCUUUUUUUUUUAACUUUUCCAAAAAAAUGGGUCGGUCGGGCGAUGGGAAACGAAGCAUUCAAUUGGGAUGGCGUAACUAAAGCAAAUCCUGAGAAGAUAUGAACAACCAUAUGAAAUUUCUGAAUUUCUAUGGCACAUAUUAAGGCACAUUUUCCUACCAUAAGACCGUAAAACAAUAAAAAACACAGCAAAAUCGAUCCUGCUUUCCGCCGACGGCGGAUCAUUCACGAAAACAACCACGCGAGGAAUAAGCGAUUUCAACUUCCGGCGUUUGCGACAGCCAAUCAGAUCUUGCGGCAUUGGUCUAACAGCCAAUCAGCGUUACGGCCAAAAUCUGGCAGUAACGAGCACAAACGUGAGAGAGUUUGUAUCAGGCCCAAUUUUAGCGGUAGCCGUUAGCGAGAAUGUAUGAGAUCCGCAAAAAUUGGGCCUGAUCUCAGGUUAAAUUUUUCACAUUUCCCUCCCCAGGUUAAGCUAUAUUUCAUGCAAAUAAGAAACAUAACAUUUUCGUAUUUGAAAAUGUGAUUGAGGGAGGAAAUUCUCACCUUAGAAAAGUAUUUAAUUUCAUCUAAAAUUUUUGGGAAAAUAAUACUAAAAACCCUUAUAAUUUUGAAAUUAAAAGACUUAGUUGCCGUAGGAUAACGGAAAAGAUACAAAUUUUAUAUAGUGCCAUUUACUAGAAUGCAUUUAUAUAGUUUUUUAAAUACUGUGGUUAACCUAAAAGUGUUUUCAAUGCGUUUAGGAGGAAACCUUUGCUGCAAUCGGCAGCAAAAUGAGUUGAGAUACUUCACCCAAAACUGGGCUUUUUUACGUUUUACUAACUUCCUCCCCCAUCCCCUCCAAUGUUGUGCCGAUGUUCGACCUAUACCUAUAGAAAACAACAAACACCCCAACUUUGAGUGGAGGGGACAGCCGGGGAGGCGCGCGGAUUCUUUUGUUCUCCUAAGUAACCCUAUUUGAGUACAAUGUCUCAACAAUUUUGUCGCCGACUGUGGGUGCCCCUUAAGCAGUGUUCACCCGAAAUUUUAGCUCAGCGGGUAAUGGACCAUUCAUGGCCAGUAAGGCAACAUAUAUGCUCCGUAACAUCUAUGCCCUCCCUUCCUCGCGGGGGUCUAUCUGUACUGGUAGCCUUUAAGAUAACGAAGGUCGAUAUUUCUUGCAUUAUUACAUGUGAUUCGGGCCCUUAAUGUUCGAAUUUUAUCACAUGUAUUCGAAUCUACAACGCUAAGAAAAAAAAAUCAUGAUCACGCGAAAUAAUGAUUCAAAAAGCUCCCUUACCUUUAGUUCAUAGCCACUCUGUGUCCUACGGCCGGUUUAAACGCCGUUUAGUCGACUUUCUUUCCAUCGAGUACUGAACACUAUAUAUCACAGGUAAUAAUGCAAGAAAUAUCGACCUUCGUUAUCUUAAAGGCUACUAGUACAGAUAGACAAACAAGAAGACUUCAUAUCUUUAAGAUUUUUGCGUUUAUUUAGCAUCAGAUAAUACACUAAUAAUUCUAGUAUAUUCCGACCAAAUGACCUCUGAAGCCCGAACCCACACAUAUUGCGCUUGGGCUGCCUGUGGUAAACUGAACCAAUCAAGUUAUUUACAAAAACAAGGUGGACAUUUGUAGUGGUUUUUGCAGGGCUGAUAUUAUGCGAUGGUGUAAUUUUACAUAAUACUGACCUCAAAUCACAUCCAAUCACACAAUUUGAGUAAAAUUGCAUAAUUCUUAAAAAUUGUUUAAUUGAAAAGUAAACAAUGAUUUUUUCUUUUAAUUAAAAAUUUUUCCGAAGGUGAAUGCUAUUUUAGCGUGAUUUAUCACUGAACAACUAAGCGUUACAAGACAUCCAAAACCUUCAAUUGUGGUUGGUUGUGAUCAUUGGGCAGCCUUUUGAGUAUUUCAAAGACAAGCAGUGUUGUCAACGUGCUCAUAGUUUGUGUGUUAAUACAUGCAUGUUGUUGUUGUUGUUAGGUAUCUGAAUUUCAUGAAUACUGCAAACCACAGUUCAAGUCACAAUUGUCGCAGUUUUGCCAGGAACUCACGGGAAUUUCACAGGUGGGUGUGGUGUCAUUAUCAUCCAUGGUACAGUGGAAGGUCUCAUAAAUGGACACCCUCAGGAUAUGAAAAAGGUGUCCGUAACUGGAACUGGCUGCUUACAAUGAAUAGUUCUCAUACGCGGCUACUAGGGUGUAAGGGUUAGAUGGCAGCUUAUGGGAGUUUGCCCAGCUACAAAUAAACCUUGCGAAUGCAAAAAAACUGUUUGUUAGUUUUUGGCUAUACUGUUGUUCUGGCAAUGUUAUAAUUCAGUCACAAGCCUGAAAUUCAAGGGAUGUCUUGAGGUGUUACCCAUAUUGUAUGUGAAAAAAAAAACAAGCACUGAAAACUGGCAUCAAUUCAUUGUGAUGAACAGUGAUUUGGAGUCAAGAUUCAGAUUAAAAUACAAGAUUCAGACGUGAAUGAGAUUUCAUUUUGGUUGUCUGCCUUCUGAAAGUGUCCUUGGCUGCUUGUGGGUAUGUCCACGUACAAGAAUGUAAAAAUACAGAGUUUGUAUGGAAGUUAAAACGAGAUUUUGUGAAGGCCGCCAGUUUGUAGAGCUGUCCACUCACCAGAAUGUCUGUUAAGAGCGCUUCCACAGACUGUAGUUGCUAGUUCAAGUUUGAGCCAUUUGCCUCAAUCUUAAGUUGUGGCUUACCCUGGGUAGCAGAGGUUUUUUCUAUGUGUGCAACACUCACUACUCCUCUCAACAACUUUUAAAAGCCAUUGUUUGAUAGGAUUAAAACCCCAUUUAAGCCCUAAAUAACAACCAUAUGCCUCUGAUUAUAACUGAAUGGUCCUUCUUUUAAUUUGAUACAUUGCUGUUACUUAUAAUCCUAGUACUUUUUUGUUAACUUUUUGUGAAAACUCUUGUGACUCCCUGAUAAGUGAUGAUGUCAGUGUCGUAAAUCAAAUCUGAUCACAUUCCAAGCAAAACAUCUCACUUUAUUUUUGUUCUUGUUGAAUUUGUUUGUUUAUUUAUUUGUCAUUUCUAAGGAAUUAGUGGACAAUGCAGACUCCUUCCCAGAUGUCCUCUGCAGAUUUGAGCAGUGGCUUAGAGGGCAAGAACUUGGAACAAAAUAUAAAUUUGGUGUAGUUACAGAUGGGUAAGUAAGUCUUCUCAGUUUUCUUCUUAGUUGUUUUUUGGUGUGCAACGUUUCUGGAAAUUGUUAAUUCUAGAGAAAUACUUAAUUCUCCUUCCUUUGUAUUCUUUUAGUCCGUGGGACUUGGGUCGUUUCUUCUCAACGCAGUGCAGACUUUGUUCGAUACCUGUACCCAAGUUUGCGAGAAAGUGGAUUGAUCUGAGAAAAUUGUACAGAAAUUUCUACAAAGUUGCAAAAGGCUCGCUUCAAAACAUGGUAACCAAUUUAGGAAUGGAAUUCGAAGGGCGCGCUCAUAGCGGAAUGGACGAUGCUCGUAACAUAGCGAGGAUUUUACAAAAAAUGAUUGAAGAUGGCUGUGAAAUAAAGUUUAACGACUGCCUUUCCAACCAUCCGCAACUGGAUACGCGUGGACUGGACGAAUUAAAAAAUGUGUAA